AUGCCGCAUAUAGUCGUACUGGGCGCCGGUGUCAUCGGAUUAAGCUCCGCUCUACGAAUCCAGGCCGAAGGGCAUGCCGUGUCCAUCGUGGCGCGGGACUUCCCCUCCGGAUCCGAGACUAUUGACGCACAAAGCCAGAUUAACUAUACUUCGCCAUGGGGAGGGGCGCACAAUAGACUUGUACCCCCCACCAACCCCGCCGAGGAGCUGGAGCAUGCCAUGAGCCUCCGGACUUUCGACCACAUGCGUGCCGUACAAGCACGCCACCCGGAGGCCGGCAUCACUUUCAUGAAAGGGAUUGAGUAUCUUGAAGCACCUAAUGAGGCAUACCGUGCGCUUACUGAAGAGAGAGCACACACGCAGCUAGGUAUGAAAGGAUUUAGGUUGCUAGAGAAAGGGGAGCUUCCGGAAGGUGUUGAAUGGGGAUGCGAGUACGACACGUGGUGUGUUAAUCCUAUGGUCUAUUGUAGCUUCCUACUGCGUAGGUUCGCGAUUCUUGGAGGUAAGGUCCUACGUAGAGAAGUAAGAGACCCGAGGGAGAUAUUCUCCUGGAAUCUUGAGGCGGGACCGAUUGAUGUGCUGGUAAACGGUUCUGGGAUCGGGUUUGGUGAUAAGAACGUGUUUAUCACGAGAGGCCAGACAUGUCUCGUCGCUAACCCGUGCCCCGCGACCGUCACGCGGCAGAAUGCAGACGGCUCGUGGACAUUCUGUGUUCCGCGUAACUUUGAUGGCGGCACCAUCAUCGGCGGUACGAAAGAGCCUAAUAAUUGGGAUCCCAAUCCGUCACUGGAGGUCCGUGAUGUUCUGUUGCAGAACUUUGCCGCUACUUACCCGCAGAUCCUGGACGGUGAAGGCAAGUUUACGGUUAUCAAGGAUAUUGUGGGUCGACGGCCGACUCGCAAAGGCGGUAUACGACUAGAGAAGGAGGAGGUAGGUGAAGCACAGACUAUCAUUCAUGCAUAUGGUUUGGGCGGGCGAGGCUAUGAGCUAAGCUGGGGUGUUGCUGAUGGAGUAGCCCGACUGCUAGCAGAACACUUGAGCUCUAGCACGCCAAACAAAGGGGAAGCUAAACUUUGA